AUGCCAGCACCCAUCCCCAAUCAGGAGACCAGCUACACCCCCAUCCUCAACCAGGUUGAACCCCCGAUAUCCCCCACCACCCAGGAGACCAGCUACACCCCCAUCCUCAACCAGGUUGAACACCCGAUAUCCCCCACCACCCAGGAUGCCAGCUACACCCCCAUCCUCAACCAGGUUGAACCCCCGAUAUCCCCCACCACCCAGGAUACCAGCUACACCCCCAUCCUCAACCAGGUUGAACCCCCGAUAUCCCCCACCACCCAGGAUACCAGCUACACCCCCAUCCUCAACCAGGUUGAACCCCCGAUAUCCCCCACCACCCAGGAUACCAGCUACACCCCCAUCCUCAACCAGGUUGAACCCCCGAUAUCCCCCACCACCCAGGAGACCAGCUACACCCACACCAAACCAAAGAAGACAGAGAGAAAGUCCUGUCGCCCUCAAAAAACCCUCCAACUCGCUGAGCAUGACAGUUCACCCCAUCCAAUCCCAUUCAACCCCAUCCAACCCCAUCCAACCGUAUCCUACCCCAUUCUACCCCAUCCAACCGUUUCCAACCCCAUCAAACCCCAUUCUACCCCAUCCAAGCCCGACCAAGGAAGAGGAAAUAUGACUACAUGCAAAAAGAGUGUCCAGUGCAUCCGGGGCAAAUGAUUUUCCCUAUUCUCAAGAUUUUUGCCAAUAGAACUUCAAAGGGGUGGCAAGAAAUGGGACGAUGACUGGAUCAAGGCCGAGGACCGCGUUUCUCCAGUUUAACCUACUUUAUGCACGAAUGUAUUCCUCACUCUCCCUUCACAUGUAUCACUGUCAAUCAUAAAUGGUUGGCCAAAUUCACCAUGAUUUACCAUUGAAACAUUCAUGGAGCGUCAGCAUGCCAACCAUUUCAUCUCAAUCAGUUUCAUGAGAAUAUGCAUUUAGAUAUUCUUCAUAUAAAGUGAGCUACAAACAUAUUGCAACAGUGACACAUUUUUUGUUGUUUUGGAUCUGUACUCCAGAACGUUGUAUUUUAAAUUAUACAAUGACUAUGAGGUUAAAGUGCAGACUAUCAGCUUUAAUUUGAGUGUAUUUUCAUCCAUAUCUGGUGAACCGUUUAGAAAUUACAGCACAUUGUGUACAUAUCCACCCCGUUUUGGGGGACCAAAAGUCUUGUGAUAAAUUCACUUAUGUGUAUUACAGUAGUCAGAAGUUUAGUAUUUUUGUCUUUUAUGUUUGUAUUGAUUCAUUUUACUAUGUUAUUAAAU